AUGGUGUUAGCAAAAGAUCACGAUGAGAGGGUAUUGGAACCCGGAGAAUCAAGUCUCACAGAAGAAGCUGAUGGCUGGCAGCCGUCAGCUUCUCCGGGCGAGGGAAGGGAAGAGGGAGAGAUGGAGGAGAAGAGGAGGAGGAGAAAGAGGAAGAAGAGAGGCCCUCCCAAGGCAACAAGAAACCAAAAGGAAAGACGAGCUUUGGAUCUUGAGAGCUUUGGGAUUUUGAGGUUCCUCCAAGAAGAGGAGAUGAACUCCCCAUGUCCUCUAGAGACACUGGAUGAUGAUAAUGAAGAAGAAGAGAAGGAGUGA